AUGAAGCAGCAGUUCCACAUGAUCACUGCUGGAAUGACACACACACACAACUCCAUAACGAGCAGUCACACUCUCCAUGAACAGGAACUGGUGAGACAGGUGCAGAAGAUCUUCAUGAUGGAUGAAAGUGCUGUGAAUGAGUCUAAUGUGAAAGUGGCGGUCCGGGUGCGACCCAUGAACAGGAGAGAACGAGACUUAAAGACAAAAUGUGUAGUGGACAUGGAAGGAAAUCAGACCAUCCUGUACCCGGCCAAUGGAAACCUGGGAAAGGGCGACAGCAGGAGCAAACCAAAGGUUUUCGCAUAUGAUUAUUGCUUCUGGUCUAUGGAUGAAGCUGAGGCAGCCAAAUUUGCAGGUCAGGAUGUGGUGUUUCAGUGUCUUGGAGAGAGUCUUUUGGACAGCGCUUUCCAAGGAUACAACGCCUGUAUAUUUGCAUAUGGGCAAACAGGCUCAGGAAAGUCGUACACGAUGAUGGGAGCGGCCGAGCAGCCGGGUCUGAUCCCGCGACUCUGCAGUUCUCUGUUCCAGCGCAGCGUACAGGAGCAGAGGGAGGGCGAGAGCUUCACCGUGGAGGUGUCCUACAUGGAGAUCUACAACGAGAAGGUGCGAGACCUUCUGGAUCCCAAAGGGAGCCGGCAGGCGUUGAGGGUCCGGGAGCAUAAGGUGUUGGGGCCGUAUGUAGACGGUCUGUCCCGCCUCGCUGUGACCAGCUACAAGGACAUCGAGUCUCUGAUGUCGGAGGGGAAUAAAUCCCGCACUGUGGCGGCCACAAACAUGAACGAGGAGAGCAGCCGCUCGCACGCUGUCUUCAACAUCAUUCUGACACACACGCUCCGAGACCUGAAGACUGGGACGAGUGGAGAGAAGGUGAGUAAACUCAGUCUGGUGGAUCUGGCCGGCAGUGAGAGAGCUGAUAAAACUGGAGCUGGAGGAGAAAGACUCAAAGAAGGCAGCAACAUUAACAGGUCCCUCACAACUCUUGGACUGGUGAUUUCAGCCUUGGCGGAGCAGGGCGCAGGAAAAAACAAGAGUAAAUUUGUUCCGUACAGAGACUCCGUGCUCACGUGGUUAUUGAAGGACAGUUUAGGAGGCAACAGUCGCACCGCUAUGGUUGCAACGGUGAGUCCAGCGGCCGACAACUACGACGAGACUCUGUCUACACUACGGUACGCCGACCGGGCCAAAAGCAUCGUUAAUCACGCCGUGAUUAACGAAGAUCCAAACGCCAGAAUCAUCAGAGAGCUGAGAGAGGAGGUGGAGAAACUCCGCAGCCAGCUGACCGAGGCUGAGUCAAUGAAAGCUCCUGAGCUCAAAGAGAGACUGGAGGAGUCAGAGAAGCUGAUCCAGGAGAUGACUGUGAGCUGGGAGGAGAAACUGAGGAAGACUGAGGAGAUCGCACAGGAGCGACAGAAGCAGCUGGAGAGUUUGGGAAUUUCUCUGCAGUCGUCUGGGAUCAGAGUCAUUGAUGAUAAAUGCUUCCUGGUCAACCUGAACGCAGACCCCGCCCUCAACGAGCUGCUCGUCUAUUACUUAAAGGAACACACUCGUGUGGGUUCUGCAGACUCUCAGGACAUUCAGUUGUGCGGUUUGGCAAUUCAACCGGAGCAUUGUGUUAUAGACAUCAAACUAGAGACGGGAGUCACGCUCAGCCCGAAGAGAAACUCUGUGUGCAGCACAUGUGUGAACGGCGCUGUGGUCUCGUCUCCCGUCCAGCUGCAUCAUGGGGAUCGGAUCCUCUGGGGAAACAACCACUUCUUCAGGAUCAGCGUGUCGAACGUGUAUCGUGUUGGUGUGGAGGAUGAGGAGGGCAGUGUGACGAAGGCUGGUCUUCACGCCGAGCAUCUGGAUGUGGAUCGUCUCAGUCACGACUCCAGUGACAACAGCUUCAGUUUUGAGUCGGCACAGACUGAAGUCAUGAUGAAAGCGCUGGGAAACAACGAGCCGCUGCAGUCGGUGCUUCACUCUCUGGAGCGCAGGCAUGAGGAGGAGAAGCGCUCGGCUCUGGAGCGACAGCGGCUGAUGUACGAGCAGGAGCUGCAGCAGCUGCGCAGACGCCUGUCGACAGAGCACCAGCGCAGCAGCGAGCAGCUCAACGCCAGCCUGGGCUCCUCUCAGAGCGCACUGCGCCAGUGGAGUGACGGGAGAGAGGUUUUGAUGAAUCGAAGUCUGCGUAAGCUCAAAGAGCAGAUCGUGAAGGCCAAUCUGCUGGUUCAGGAGGCUGGAUUCAUCUCUGAAGAGCUCAACAAGAAAACCGAAUAUAAAGUCACACUGCAGAUACCGGCUGCAAACCUCAACGCCAACCGCAAGCGGGACACGGUUCUGAGCGAGCCGGCGGUGGAGGUGAGGAGGAAGAGCAAAGGCAAGCAGAUCUGGUCCGUGGAGAAGAUGGAGAACCGGCUGCUGGACAUGAGAGAGCUCUAUCAGGAGUGGAAAGACUAUGACGAGGACAAUCCUGCCAUGCGCUCCUACUUCAAGCGUGCCGAUCCGUUCUUCGACGAGCAGGAGAAUCACAGUCUGAUCGGUGUGGCCAACGUCUUCCUGUCCUGUCUGCUAUAUGAGGUCAAGCUGCAGUACGCAGUUCCCAUCAUCAACCAGAAGGGGGAGGUGGCGGGUCGGCUUCACGUAGAAGUGGAGCGUCUGAGCGGAGAGCUAGAGGAGUGUGAGACGGGAGGCUCUGAGAUCAGUCCAGACGGCGAGACGCAAGAACGCAAACUCACCUGCAUGAUCAAGGUGUUGCAGGCGACCGGAUUGCCUCAGCACCUCUCCAACUUCGUUUUCUGUCAGUAUCAUUUCUGGGAGCAGCAGGAACCCGUGUUUAUCGCCCCGGAAGUGGGUCUGACGGCCCCCAGCAGCAGAGAGCCGCAGAGUCUGGUGGUGUUUGACAACUGCAAGACUCUAGAAGUGGCCGUAACCGAAGACUUUCUGGAGUUUCUGAUGGAGGGCGCCGUGGCGGUUGAAGUUUAUGGUCACAAACAGGCAAAUCCGCGGAGGAAUCUGGCUCUCUGGGACCUGGGGGUGAUUCAGGCAAAGACUCGCUCUCUCAGAGAGAGGUACACAUUUUCUUUUCCGUUUUAUUGUGUCUGUGUUCAGAUCCUGGAGCUGAAUGAUGCUGGAGAGUUUGUGCCGGUGGAGGUUCAGUUAGCUAAGGACGUCUGCACAGGAGGAAUAUUUCAGCUCAAACAGGGUCAGUCAAGGCGUGUUCAGGUGGAGGCGCGUUCGGUCCAGGACUCCGGCACCAUGCCUCUGAUCACCGAGUCUGUGCUCAACGUCUCCAUCGGCAAUGUGGAGGUCCAUCUGACUCGAACUGGCAAAAGCACAGAGACCCAGAGGGUGGGAGAUAAAGAUGUGGACAGUUAUCAGGAGGUUGAUCUGGAGAGACUGAGAGCUCGGUGGCUCACUGCUCUAACUGAACGACAGGAAUAUCUGGACCAACGUCUUCAGAAACUUGUUGGCAAGCACGAUAAGUCAGAAGAGGAUGUGGAGAGCGAGUCGCAGCUGCUGGAGUGUCGUCUGACGCUAACGGAGGAGAGAAACGCUGUGCUGGUGCCCUCUGCUGGCAGCGGUAUCCCAGGAGCCCCGGCGGAGUGGGCUCCUGUGCCAGGAAUGGAGACGCACAUCCCAGUCAUCUUCCUGGACCUCAGCGCUGAUGACUUCCGUGAUCAUCUGUCCGCUCCUCUAGCUGGAGGUCUAGAUGCUGCACCCGACAGAGAAGAUAAAGAUGAUUUCAUGGACUUACAGAUAGUCAAAUACUAUGAUAAUGAGGUGAAGACAGAGGCAUCAUGGGACUGCACCGUUCAUGACAGUCCUGAGCUGAAUCGAGUGACGGGGCCGGAUCACAGGAUUUACCUCACAGUCCGCACCAUGGUUCUGCUCAGUCAUCCCGCACAAAUGCAGCUGGUCCUGCGCAAGUGCAUCUGCGUGAACCUCACCGGACGACAGGGCUUUGCUCAAAGUCUGCUGAGGAGAAUGUCUCACCGCAGCUCGAUUCACAGCUGUGGAGUCACGUUUGAGAUCGUCUCAAAUAUCCCAGGGGACAUUCAGAGCUCAGAGGACAGAGAGAUGCUCGCCCGACUGGCCGCCAGCACCGACAACCCAGGAGCCGACAGUGAAGCCGCCAUCGAGAAAUACCUGCGGAGUGUGUUAGCAGUAGACAACAUCCUCACGCUGGACCGUCUCAGACAGGAGGUUUCGGUGAGGGAGCAUCUAUCAGAUAAAGGAAAGAUUCCCAAACGCUGCCUCAGUUCACCAAAUGUACACCGGCUCUCUGGCAGCAGGAAAGAUCUGUCCACCAGCCAAGACUCAGAAGACAAUAAAGGUGGUUGGGACAGUCGGCAGGAGAUUUCUGUGCUAACAUCAGCCACGAAGAGCCCAUCUCACUCGGCGUCGGUACAAAACCAAAACUCAGAGCCAGGUCUCUCAGGAUUUGCUGCAUCUUAUUUCUCCCCAGUGAAAGCUCUAGUGUCUCCAGUACCCAAGAUGUUCAAGUCUCUGUUGUCCAAGAAAGAGGAGAAGAAAGAGACGCCCCCUCCUGCUGCCUUUGAGCAGAAUGUGCCACGUAUUGUUGUUCAGUCUGUCAGUCUUGAAGACAUCAACAGCUAUGAACUGACUCCACAGGCUCCUUCAAAAUACAUAUUUCCCAUAUUUCCGGUUAUUCCUGAUAAAGUAGAGACCACUGAAGCAUCCACCAUAUCCUCAGAAACCACGUCUGACAUCCAGAUAAGCCAUGCUAUGGAAACUCCAAUCUCAGAGAAUCCAGAGAAUGUUAAGGAGAUUCUGUUGCCUCACCUUCCUCAAGAAGUUAAAGAAGUUCCAACUCUUUCUGUUCCUCCAGUGGUUGAGGAAGUUCUACCAUCUAAUCUUUCUCCAGAAGUUGAGGUUCCACCUCCUAAUCGUUCUUCAGAGGUUGAGGAGGUUCUACCUCUAUCUGUUCCACAAGUGAUUGAGGAAGUUCUACCAUCUAAUCUUUCUUCAGAUGUUGAGGUUCCACCUCCUAAUCGUUCUUCAGAGGUUGAGGAGGUUCUACAUCCAUCUGUUCCUCAAGUGAUUGAGGAAGUUCUACCAUCUAAUCUUUCUUCAGAAGUUGAGGAGGUUCUAUCUCCAUCUGUUCCUCCAGUGGUUGAUGAAGUUCUAGCUCCUAAUCUUUCUCCAGAGGCUGAGGAAGUUCUAUCUCCAUCCGUUUCUGCAGAAGUCAGAAAGGUUCCACCUCUUCCUGCUUCUUCAGCAGUCAAAGAGUCUCUACUUCCUAUGGUUCCAUCUGAGAUUAAUGAGGUUCCACCUCCUGCUUCUGUAGAGGUUGAAUACCCCAAGCAAAGCCCAGUUGGUGAUUCAACAAACAGCUCCAUCAGCGAUGUCUCAAGUGGAUACAUCUCCACAAGUGUCUCCACAGCGACUCUCUCGGAGUGUGCGGUCUCGAAUGUUGACCCUCCUCUCCUUGAAAGCACAGAGGCCAAAAUAGACUCUACUUUCAAAACGACUGAACCUAAAACAGAUUUUGUGCCAACAACCAGCACAUGCCCAGAGCAUCAGUCAAAACUUGAACCAGCUGACCUAGAACUUGGAAAACGGGCACCUACAGAAUCCCAGACAUCAGAAGAACAUGGUCAAGUGUCUCCUCUAGAUACAUCUCCUCAAAAACUCCUCAGUGUUUCUGAUUCCUUACCUCAAGAAACCUCUGAAGUCAACGUCUCUUCAUCUUGUUCAGCCACAUCAGUACCAUCUACACCACUGGCACUACCAGCUGCCUCAAAAGCAACUGAUCCGUCAGUUCCAGUCAAGACAGCUAAGCCAUCAACACCUGACCAGCAAUCAAGACCUGAACAAAACGUCAAACCCACUCCUGCUCCCACCUCCAACCCUUUCCAGAUCCACAGAGUCAAGACCUCCGGCCUUAAGUCUUUCAAAGGGAUCGUGCAUGAAGAAGAUGUAGAGGGCAAAACUAAACUCGGUAACUCUUUAUCUUCACUGAGUGAGUCUCAAGAAAGACUGGAGAUCCUUUCAGAUUCAGAAGAAAGCCUUGAGACUCCCGACUGGCUGAAAGAGGGGGAAUAUGUGACUGUGGGCACAAAUAAAACUGGAACAGUCCGUUAUGUUGGACCGACUGACUUUGCAAAGGGCGUUUGGAUUGGAGUGGAACUUGAUGUUCCAGCAGAUAAAAACGAUGGUUUAGACUUGUGGAUGUGUAAAUUAAGACAAGCAAAAUUGUUUGUACCGGCGGGUACCGCUAAACGGUCGAGGCAGAAACGCAAGCAGAACCUCUCAGGAUCUAGUCCCAACCUGGCAGCCCUUACAGCGAUGGCCAAAGGAGAAGCUGGAGCACGCAAGGGUGAAAACAGGAAGUCUUGGGUUAGCUGAGGACAAUGCAUCCUUGUUGAUGGACGUGUACGGAGGACAGUAUUGGUAUGGCACUGAAACACUACACUGAUACUUGCAGGGAUGUAACUGCCAUCUGAUUUACUAAUGCAUAUCUGCACUACAUAGUGCUUAUAG